AUGACACACCAAACCCAUGCAUAUCAUAUAGUUAACCCUAGCCCCUGACCACUGACAGGGGCCCUAUCAGCCCUCCUUAUAACCUCAGGCCUAAUCAUAUGAUUUCACUUCAGCUCAACCUACCUACUAUUACUAGGUCUAGUAACCAAUACACUAACUAUAUAUCAAUGGUGACGAGAUAUCGUCCGAGAAAGCACAUUCCAAGGCCAUCACACUCCAACCGUCCAAAAAGGCCUACGGUAUGGCAUAAUCCUUUUCAUCGUAUCAGAAGUAUUCUUUUUCGCAGGAUUUUUCUGAGCCUUCUACCAUUCCAGCCUAGCACCUACUCCCGAACUAGGAGGAUGCUGACCCCCUAUAGGAAUCACACCUCUAAACCCACUAGAAGUCCCUCUACUAAACACCUCAGUACUUCUGGCAUCAGGUGUAUCAAUUACCUGAGCCCACCACAGCUUAAUAGAAGGGGACCGUAAGCACAUACUCCAAGCCCUAUUCAUCACUAUCAUACUGGGCCUCUAUUUUACACUUCUACAAGCCUCAGAGUAUUACGAAACCCCCUUCACAAUCUCUGAUGGGGUCUACGGCUCCACCUUCUUCAUAGCCACAGGAUUCCACGGACUGCAUGUAAUUAUUGGCUCAACCUUCCUAACCGUAUGCUUCCUACGACAACUAAAAUUUCACUUCACAUCCAAUCACCAUUUCGGAUUUGAAGCCGCUGCCUGAUACUGACAUUUUGUAGACGUCGUAUGAUUAUUCCUAUACGUAUCCAUUUAUUGAUGAGGGUCAU